AUCCCUUGGAUGUUCAGUGGUAGCAGUUGAGGAUGUUUGUGCCUGCGGAAGCCUACCACCAGCUCCUUGGUUUUACUGGUGUUCAUCUGGAGGUAGUUCUGCUGGCACCAAUCUACAAAGUUUUGGAUGUUGUCCAGCUGUUCUUCUGGUUAGAACUCCAUCAUCUGAAAUCUCAGGGACGUUUCUUCAUUUUUUGGAUCAAGGAAAAUUUCAGCCUGUCAGAUCAGAUGUCUUCAAGAAGGAAACCUGCGAAUGCUGCAGCAUUUCUGAUAAUUCUGAUGAAAGUCUUUAGUGGUCUCGGUCUCUCGUGCCAUCAAGGAGAGUAUCAGAUAGGAAAUGAAUGCUGUCCAAAUUGUCUUGCAGGAAAUCGAGUGAAAAGUCACUGCACUGUAGAGUCAAGUACUUCCUGUCUGCCCUGCAUGACUGGAACCUACACUGAUCAACCUAAUGGACUGGAACGAUGUCAUCACUGUACAAACUGUGACUCGGGUUCUGGUCUCAGAAUAAAGACACCGUGUACAGUAACAUCAGAUGCACUCUGUGAACCACUGGAGGGAUUCUACUGUGUCCACCCUACAGGACACAGCUGUGAGAGAGCACAGGAACACAAACACUGUAAACCAGGACAGUACAUCAGUCAGAAUGGAACAGCCUCCACAGACACUGAGUGCUCUGACUGCAGCAGUGGAACAUUUUCAAAUGGAACAUUUCACUCCUGUCAGCCACACACACAAUGUCACUCACUCAACCUUCAGCAGAUAACAGCAGGAACAUCUGCAACUGACUCUCAGUGUGGAGAAAAAAGUAAUCAUAUGACACUGGUUGUCAUUAUCACUGUGAUGCUCUCAGUAGUUGUCAUUAUUGCUGCAGUGUUAUUACUACGACAUUACAAAAUGAAGGGGUUUUGGAGUGUAAAUACAGAAGAUGUUGUAAAAUGAUGACAUCCGAAGUGUGGACCAUCAUGAAGGACAAUAGACAGGAAACGAUCGGCUCUCUGCAGAAUAAACCUGUCCUAGAAGGAGGACGGUGACAGGUUGUGUUUGCAGUGGACAGAAAUAAAGAAGCUGAGCGUCCUGCAUCGCUCCGGUCUGGAUUAUGAUGAUUCAUAAUUCAGUUCAGGUGCUUCACAAACAAAAGCAAUUCCUUUGAAAAUCAUCAAAUACAAGGACUGCACUGAAAACACGUGAGAAUUCAGCCAACUUCAGUAAUUCUCAAAACAUGGCUGCUGGUUAGUUUUCCACCUGUGUUUACGUCCAAAGAUCUACACAUCUGUAUGUUUCAGCUUUGUCCUUCUGUCACAACAUUGUUCAUCUUCAUCUUAACUUCCUGCUAGCUUCUAUCAUGGUUAAAGCUCAUGAGUCAUCGGGACAUCCAACAAUGAUGGUGUUACUGGAGCUGAGUGAAGUUUGAUGGCUUUAUUAUCCACGCUGUGACACAUGGCAGCUGUCAGAGCAGAACACAUGAAGUCAGCAGGUGUGUUUAAAUUCAGGCUCUGCUUCAUCUGAAGGUCGAUUACAUCACACCAAGGCGACGAAGCCCAUCCAGAAUCCGAGGCUCCUACAAACAUGUCCUCCUUUCCCUAGAUUUGAAGGACAAGUCGGUCCACCCGAUCCCAAGAUUCAUUGCAGCGUGGUAGUGGAACAUAUAUUUUGGUCCAGAGAUGGAGCAGCACUCUCUCUCUGAGUCUCUGAUGCUGUUUUAUGUUUAAGUCUGGCUUCAGUUCAAUCUAAUUUAGCUGCUAUGACAUCAGAGAGUGUAGGGAAGGAACAGCCACACCCACAGGUGACAUCAUGCAGUUUGUGUUUUCACCUUCAGAGGACGACAAAUCAACACAGACAGAGAGCUGCAUUCAGACUUUCCAGCCAUCAGUAAUAACUUCAAAAAUAAUCAUCAGUGUUUCAGCAGUUAUGAUAUCAGAGAUAAUCUAGAUAUGUGUGACAAUACUGAACAUGACACAUGACACACGACACAAAUCAUGUGAUCCACUCUGACUGCACCUUCAUUCAUGACUUCAACAUGUUGAAAUGAGCUUUGAAGAAACAUUUAGUGAAAUAAAGCUUUCAUCACAGGAUUAAUGGGAGCACCAGUUGAACUUUGUACUAACAACAUUUUGAAUAACAGUUUGAAUAAAGCUCAGGUGUUGAAGAUACUCACUGAUUGAAUGGUUGUUUUCAGCUCUGCUCCCAGUCUUUACUGGUGAAGAUAGAAGGUGUUACUGGAUCUAUAGACAGAGAGACAGAAAAGCAUGCUGAAUAUUUGAAGCUUUGCAGUAGAAAUGUUUAUAUUUUAAAUACAACAGAGCUGAUGUGGGAUCAGUGUGUUCACACCUGCAGAUACAAGGUUUCAUGUCUUCACACGUCAACAUUUGAACAUUACUCUGACUUAGACUCAGUCUGAGCAGCCAGACAACAUAUUUUCACACAUCAAUACACACAGAGAUGAGCCCCUCCCACCUGUCCUGCUCCAAGUCCCACCUCCUUACAGGAAGCAGCUCACCUGUGUGUCUGUGUUUAGUGUCCAGGUGUGGAGUGGAGCUUGUUGUUCGUGUGUGUGUUUGAAGAAACUGUAAGUUUGCUUUGUUUCCUCUUUUAACAGUUUGGUUUUAUGAACUUUACUGUUUGUUUCUGCUCUCUAGUGUUUGGAGCAGAUGUUCAGCUCUUAUUUCAGGACAAACUUUGGAUCACUCUUGUGUUUGAAGACUAAUCCACAUCAUUUUAGAUUAUUGAUUGACUGGAAUCCACACUGGUUAUCCGUCAGUAACUCUGCAACAGUUACUGACAGUAUAUAUCGAUCUGUAUGAAACUUUAGACCCAUCAGACUCUAAUCAGUAAUCUGAUAGAACAUUGUUCUUCCCUUUAACUAGAAAAAGUCAGAUAAAAUCAGUUUGUUCUUAAGAAGUCAACAUUCAGGUCUUACUAAAGCAAUGUUGAGAAAACAAGAAACAAAGAAGCUCCAGCUCAGUUCAGGAUCACUGCAAGGAAUCUCAGAAUAAAAAAAUAUAUUCUCACAAAAACCACAAACAUUAACAGCAUGUUUUAAACCCUGGAGGCUGUGACUUACAUCAUGGAUAAUGUGCGUAAAAUAUUAUGAACUUGUCGACUUUUCCACGUCUUUGUGUUGUUGUCAUGUUCACUUGCUCUUAAUAAGUGGAUUUGGAGUUUUCUUCUUUAGCAUUUGAAGGUUUUAAUCAUUAAUAGUUGGUCAGAGUGUGGUCACUUGUGUUUCUCUCUAUUUUGAGGUCCCAAGUCUCUGAAUUUUUUUUUAACGCUUUGAAAUGUUCAGAUCUAAACCACUUUAACAAAGACUGCACAGUUGUGUCCAGAAGCUCAGGUCUGAGUCUGUCUCAGACCUUGUUGUCAGCAGAGCUGAGGAACUACAGAGCAUCAACAGUCUGAUCCAGACUGUUGAUGCUUUCCUUUAACAAUGACUCAGGAUAAUUCAUGAAAACAGAAAAUUGGAUUUAAAAGUAGAAGGAACAGACUAGAAAGCUGUUUCAAACAAUCAAACAGUUUCUCUACUGAUAGCUGAUGAUUGACAAGUCACAGAAACUUGUCAAGCUGGUAGAACAGAACAAGAAGUGAAACAUUUCUUAUUUACUUUAAGUAAAAAAAAUCUGAUAAAUAAUGUGGAUUACUGAGUAAAUAAACUUCUGAUGUAUGUUAGUGUUUUUACAGCUCUGUUAAACAACCUGUUGUUACUGCUGAUGCAUCCCAAAGAUCAGAUGUGCUGCAAACUGAAACUAUGCUGCAUGCAGUUACCUGUUUUUCCAGUUUAACUUUUUAUGAAGAUUAUUUCCUUGUCUGAAAACACCGCCUAUCAUACAAAGCAUUUUUGUUUCUCACGAAUAUGAUGGAAGACAGAGGAAGAAACUAACGCUUCUUCUCACCUGACUGUGUUCCUGUUACAAACAUUAUAGGGAUAUUAUACAAAUUGCUGUAGUUUAUAAUAUAGCUUUUAAACAUUUAUUUAUGCCUGUGUCCCUGAAUUAAUUUGAUAAUCAUGUGAAGAACUUGUUGUCUACACAUGAAUUAUGGUCUAUUAAUAAAGUCGAGACUAUUAAUUCUAUGAUGAUAUUAUAAGCACUCUUGGUCUGUCAGCUUUCUGGUCAGCUUCCUUCUCUCACCCCAACACAGCAGAUGGCAGCGCUCCCUGAGUGAGGCUCUGCUGGAGGUUUCUUCCUGUAAAAAGAGUUUUCCCUUCCCCUUUUACCAAAGUGCUUGUUCAUAUGAUUGAGUUUUGGGGGGGUUUGCAUUACUGUAGCUGUCUUUUCCUUACUAUAGAAACAACUUUUGGUUUGUUGCUUUUGCUAUAGAAAUAAAAAUUGAACUGAACUGGUGCUGUCAAUAUAGAAACUGUUUGUUCUCAUAGUUCCUACUGAAAGUAAUAUAAGUGUGAAACGUUGCUUUAAAAAAGGAUUUAAAGCUAAACAAAUGACUUUUAGCUCAGUGUUGCUAAACAGUGUAUUUUAACCCAAACCAUGAUGAUGAAAUAGAAAUCACAGAAACUCUGUCUGCUCUCUUCUGGUGUGUUCAGAGAGCAGGGAGGGUUCUCUGUUUGAGUUAGGAUUAAGACUGUGUUGGUCAAUCGCUCUAAUCUUCUUUGCCGUUUAAUAAAAA